AUGGACUACGGUCUGGUGCUCCUGUUUCCUCUGUUUCAAGCUUUAAGCAUGGGCACAGCAGCUCCUUUGCCAGUGGAAGUAGUGACGAUGAAAUCAAAAGUGAAGUGGAUGGCUGAACAGCUGGUGGUUAGGCUGGACAAAGACAUACAGGUCCCAGUUAACUGGACUCUCAACCCACCUGCUGAUGAUUUGGAUGGAACUUCCUCCAUAGUGACGCUCUUGAAUGGUUACAACAGCCUGAUCUCGGACACCUUUAACGGGGUCUCCCAGAUCAAGUACGACAUCUCUUCACUGACAGGCUACAUUCAUCUGUGGAGGCAGGGGCACUGCAGCGAACAGCGACCAAAGCCUGAAGUACCAGGGCCACUGCAAGAGCUACAGAGCCGCAAAGAAUUCAUUCACACAGUGGGCAUCGAGGCUCUCAUGAGAGUGAAGGAGUUUCUAAAUCUGUUGCUGAAGAACCUGGAUCAGCUGGAGACUUGCUGA